AAUCAGCAUUCGCGUUGCCUACCCCGCCCACUCCAGGAUUCGCCCCGCCCCCCUCACGCCGAACGGCCGUCUGUCACAUGACGCACUGGCGCUCCGCCUUGCCGAUUGGCCGGGGGAAACGCGCUCGCCACCAAUCCCGGCUCAGCAGCCGCUGUGACAGGAGGCGGAGGGAGAAUGGGCGCCGUCUCUGCGGCGAGACAAACGGCGGCGGCCCGGUGGGUGGCUGACAUCUGAGGGGGAGAGUUACCUCCCUCCGCCGCCGAGCCCCGCCUUCCCCCGCAGUCGCCUCAUUCUUCACCGACACAGGGCCAGAGACUGUCUUACGCUGCCGACUGAACCUGAGGGUUACAGAAGAUUGAGAGGAGAUUUGAUAGAGGUAUACAAAAUUAUGAGGAGUAUAGAUAAGUUUACUGACACCGCUACAACGUGUUUUUAUCGCUGGCUGUCCAGACGGAAGGUGCUGAAACGCUUUGUCGCGUGUCUGGAAGAAGUGAAAACUUUCCUGGGCAGCAAAGGGCUCACCUUUCCUGAGCUGGAACAGCCAGAGUGGCUGGAAAAGCUACACUUCAUGGUAGACAUGACAGCGCACCUGAACACGCUGAACACAGCUCUUCAGGGGAAAGGACGUACAGCCCUGCACAUGUUGGAGGAUGUUUUGGCAUUCGAGCGCAAGUUGACAGUGCUUGCCAGAGAUUUACAGAAAGGCACUUUGUCUCACUUCCCCAAUUUGAGAGAGUUCAAACAAGGUCACGACAUGAUAAUUUCGGAGUAUUUACAUUCUGCAAUCAUCGCAAUGCAAACAUCGUUUGGGAAACGCUUCUGUGAGUUCAGAGAGGAAAAAAACACAUUAUCCUUCCCGGUCACUCCCUUAAGCAUCGAUCCUUCCCUACUGAAUACGACUGCAUUGGCAGGUGUGAGUCAACCUGAUCUUGAGAUGGAACUGGCCGACAUAGCCGACAAAGACAUAUGGGUGUCCAAGUUUAGACGCUUGACAGCAGACCUUGAAGAUGUUGCCCGUCAGAAGGCCGUUCUUGCUCAGAAACACAAAUGGAGUGAUAUUGAAAACCUCACAGAUGACAGCUUGCGAUCCUGUGUAAAGAUGAAGGUGACAUCAUACAGCCCUGAUGUGCAGACGCUGUGCGCUGAGGUCCAGGAGCAGAAAUCCCAUUAACCAAGUAUGAUAAAUAUUUUAAUUGCCUAUUAUUUUACUUAUAUUCAUAUUUUUUCAUUGUUCAGUGAAAUAGUCCUUUUAUUUUUCAGGCUGACAGCUGGCUGAUGUUAUUUUUGGUUUGCUGCUGGCGGAAAAUUUAAGUUCGGCGUUUUUCAUAAAUACAAGAAGGACUCAAAUAGACAUUGAAUAUUUUACUUAAAAGUAACUUUCAACCCAACGUCUUUUUUUCGGAGUUCAAAAUGUUUUUGUUGCAUGCAGAAAUGUAAUUUCGUUUUCUCUGCAGGAGUUCAUCAAUUUCAUAAAUGCAACACAUUAUAGUUUGUUUAUACAUAGCAUAAAGGCAAAAAAAACGUUGUAUGCAGUGUUAUUUCAUUUUAAAUGUCAAACGGGUUUUGCGGCUCCCAGUGUUUUCUUUUCUGUGGGAAACGGGUCCAAGUGGCUCUUUCAGUGGUAAAGGUUGCUGACCCCUGGCCUAGUCCAUUAAGAGCUUGAGGAAAUUCAGCAUGUUGUCAAAGAGCCUGACAAAUUUCUACAGAUGAGCAUUGGAAAGCAUUAUCGUCUGGUAUGGAGAAUCCAGUGACCAGGUCUGCCCGAAGCCGCAGAAAGCUUGUAGACUUAGCCAGCUCCAUCAUAGACACAAACCUCCCUACCUUCCAGCACAACUUGAAGAGGUGGUACCUCAAGAAGACAGCAUCCAUCACUGAGGACCCUCACCAUCUGGGGCAGGCCAGCUUCUCAUCACUACAAUCAGGGAGGAGGUACAGGAAGACCCACACCUCGAGAUUCAUCAAUAGCCUCUUCCCCACUGCCACCUGGACAGCCCUAACCUCGGACCGUCACAGGCAGGCAGGGUGGGGAAUGAGGCAUUGGGCACGCUGGCAUGGAGCCAGGAGGUUACAUUGCACAAGACGUUACUGAGGCCACACUUGGAGUACCGUGUUCAGCUUUAGUCAAACUGAUAAUGGAAAUGCUUGCUUCAGGUGGCAGGCGUACAGAUGAGAUAUACAAGAAAUUUGCCAGGGCUAGAGGGUUUGAGUGAUGGGGCAAGACUGUCAAGGCGAGGACUUCAUUCCUUUGAGGGGUGAACUCAUAGAAGUGUUGUGAGGGGUGUAGAAAAUUUGCAGGUCAAAUUUGUGGUGAGGGAGCAAAUGCAAUGUUCGAGAGGGCAAGGAGGUAAUGUUGAGACUUUAUAAAGCCCUGGUGAGGCCCUGCUUGGAGUAUUGGGAGCAGCGUUGGGCCCCUUAUCCUUAGAAAGGAUGUGCUGAAACGAUUCCAGGAUUGAACAGCUUGUCACGUGAAGAGCGUCUGAUGCCCCUGGGCCCUGUACUCACUGCAAUUCAGAAGAACGAGGGGUGACCUAAUAGAAAUCUGUUGAAUGGCGAAUGUGGCGAGUCCAAGACCAGUGGACAGCCUCAGAAUAGAGGGGCGUCCUUUUAGAAUGGAGGCGAGGUGGAAUUUCUUUAGCCAUAGAGUGAUGAAUCUGUGGAAUUCAUUGCCGCAGGCAGCUGUAGAGGCCCAGGCUUUAUGGAUAUUUAAGGAAGAGGCUGAUAGAUUCUUGUUUGGACGGGGCAAGAAGGGAUAUGGGAUGAAGGCCGGAGAUUGGGGCUGAGAGGGAGAGUGGAUCAGCCAUGAUAAAAUGGUGGAACAGACUCGAUGGGCCAAAUGGCCUCAUUCUACUCCUAGUUCUUAAGGGGUCUAGAUCUCUGGGGGCUUGUCCUCAGAGUGGGGGAUUCCACACCAAGGGGUCAGAGUUUUAGGGAAAGAUUUGAAAGGGACCCAAGGGGCAAUUUCUUCCACGCUGGGGUUGCUGGGGGUAUGGAACGAGCUGCCAGAGAAAGGGGUUGAGGCAGGUGUAAUAUUAUUUGGACAGAAGGGCAGAAUUUUUUUGGGAGGUGCAAUGUAGGGAAUUGGGACUAGCAGGGUGGGGACUGUGAUUGGCUCCAAGGCCUAUCCAGACAAGGACCGGCUCAGCAGA